CACACACACACAGAGGUGGUGUGCACCAACUGCCCUGCAGGGACCACAGGUAAGCGCUGCGAGCUGUGUGACGACGGGUUCUUCGGCGACCCGCUGGGUCAGAGCGGCCCGGUUAGAGCCUGCCGAGCCUGUAAGUGCAGCGAAAACAUCGACCCCAACGCGGUGGGGAACUGCGAGCGAGAGACCGGCGAGUGUCUGAAGUGCAUCUACAACACGGACGGCUUCUUCUGUGACCGCUGCAGAGACGGCUUCUACGGGAACGCCCUCGCCACCGCCGUGGGGGACAAGUGCAAAGCCUGCUCCUGCUCGCCGCUCGGCACUCUGGGUAGUCAGGUGAGCUGCUCCCAGGUGACGGGGCAGUGCCUGUGCCUCUCCAACGUCGAGGAGAGAGACUGCAGCGCCUGCCAGCCCGGAUUCUACAACCUGCAGAGCGGGGACGGCUGCGACAGGUGUAACUGUAAUCCGAUUGGCUCCACUAACGGUCAGUGUGACAUCACGUCGGGUCAGUGCGAGUGUCAGCCCGGAGUCACCGGAGGCCACUGUGAGCGCUGCGAGGAGAACUCCUUCGGAUUCAGCGCCUCGGGGUGCAAAC